AUGGGCCGCCCGCUGCUGUCACUGCUGCCGCCACUCCUGCUGUUGGUUCAGACCUGCGUCCCAGCCUUCUGGGGCCUGCGGUGCAAGCGGUGUGAGAGCAGCGGGUAUUGCUGGGUGGACGAGUGCCCCCUGGGCCAGGACCUCUGCAGGACCACGGUCAUGCGCAUUUGGGAAGGAGGGGAAGAGUUGGAGGUGGUGGAGAGAGGCUGUGCCCACUCAGAGAAGACUAACAGGACCAUGAGCUACCGGACUGGCUCACAGAUCAUCACCCUUACAGAGUCUGUGUGUGGGUCAGACCUGUGCAACCAGCCCAGCCUUGUCCGUGCUCCCUCCUUUCCCCAAAGUCGUUACCUUGAAUGUAUUUCCUGCGCCUCAUCAGACAUGAGCUGUGAGAGGGGCCGGGACCAGAGCCUCCAAUGCCGCAGCCCUAGAGAACAGUGUCUGGAGGUGGUGACCUACAGGAGCCUAGAAGAGAGUCUAAAGGAUGAGCAACACUUGCGAGGCUGUGGCUCCCUCCCUGGCUGUCCAGGCCCCACUGGCUUCCACAACAACCACACCUUUCAUUUCCUGCAGUGCUGCAACACCACCAAGUGCAACAGCGGCCCAGUCCUGGAGCUUCCAAACCUGCCGCUGAAUGGCGUUCGGUGUUACAGCUGUGAGGGGAACAGCACUCAUGGAUGUUCCUCGGAAGAGGCUUCCCUCAUCGACUGCCGCGGCCCCAUGAAUCAGUGUCUGGAAGCCACUGGCACUAAUGGACUGGGGGACCCAGACUAUACAGUAAGAGGCUGUGCAACCAAUUCAUGGUGCCAACGUGUCCAUGUGGCCGAUGCCUUCCCCAUGACUCAUCUCAACGUCUCAUGCUGUAAUGGAAGUGGCUGUAACCACCCAGCCCGGGAUGUCCAGCACCGCAGAGGGGGUGCCUCUCAGCCUGGCCCUGCCCACCUCAGUCUCACCAUUACUCUGCUUGUAACUGCCAGACUGUGGGGAGGCACUCUCCUCUGGACCUGAACCCAGUUCCCCACCUCUACCCGGGCUGGAUCCGGGGAAACUCCUUUGCCCUUCCUUCAGCCUUUGGCCCUGCAGACUUGCUGCAUGAUGUCAGGCCAGUGUGCUAACAUUUCUGGGUCUCAGUCUUCCCACCUGCCAAACACCUACCUAUCUCAGCAGCGUGUGGUAGUUCAUGCCGGUAAUCCUAGCACUCUGGUAGGCCAAGGCUGGCAGAUUGCUUGAGCUCAGGAGUUUGAACAAGACCAAGAC